AUCGCUUUGGUCUUUUUCUCCCCUCCGUCUCUGCGCCCUUGUCCAUGUUCCCUGCGCUUGGGUUGUUUUUGCCUGCUUUGAAUUGCUUCCGAAUUCCCGACUGAGCCAGGCUUAGUCCUGGUUGUGUGGUUUCUGAAUCUUUCAUCAUGUCUUCCGCCAUCUCCUCGUCGGCCAUCAAUCAGGGUCAGAGUGCCCGUUCCUCGGCACGCCAAACACGUACAAACCCAUCGCGCACAUCCAAGACCCAGGGGCGCUCGUCCUUCGCGUAUGGGCAUUCGCUGGCUGAUACCCCUCCUACACCUUCGAUUCCGCACGGCUUUUAUCCAGCUCUCACGCAUUUUACUGACUCCAUCACCGCCCUCCCGCGAGAGUUUCGCCGUCACAAUUCGCUGCUGAAGGAAGUAGAUGCUAAGGCAUGGGCUCUUGAAGAGAACCUCCUUCAGCUUCUGAAGGUUUCAUCGGAGUCACAAUCUGUUCCUUGCCCUUCCAAUCCGGCGCCCAUCGUUGGUGGUGUGGUCCGUGAAGAUGUCUUGCCCACUGGACCUUCGCAAACCCCCGAAUCGCAGGAGAGUAAAAAUCGUCGGCUCCUCUUCGACCGCGUGCGACAUACCCUUUCGGACUUGAUGAUGACCGCGGAUGAAAAGAAUCAUGUUAUUUCGAAUGCAAACGAUGAGUUGGACCGUCAAAUUCUACGCCUCGAUAAUGUGUUUCCGUACAUCGCAGGCGAGAUCAGUGACGAGUCACGUCUGGGUAGUCUCACCCACUGGGCUUACUCGAACAAGAAUACUGCAAAAGCCGCUACCAAUGAACGGCCUCGACGAGACGCUGGGUCUCAUAAGGAUCUGGCUCAUGCUCUUCAUGAAGCAGAGGCUGCUUCCCGCAGCGAGGCGAGACGCGAAGCGGUUUUGGCACGCAAACAACGUCGGGCGCAUGCUGAUUCUGACUUUGAUGAAACCCGCGCACAUGGUGCUCGUAAGGGACAUGUCGGCAAGCCACGCGGUGGUGCUGCGGCGGCCGCGGCCGCGGCUGCAGUUGCUGGUGGUGACAACUCUGCAAUUGGCCAUGCUGCAAACGCAGCUGGAGCUUCAGGGACGACGGGUCCAAAGCGCCGGAAGGUUGAACGGCCGCCUGUUGAAACAUCGACAGCAAUGGAACGUUCUGCUAGUGGUGCUACUAGCACGAUAGGGCGAGGUGCGCCCAAGGAUCCUGCAAACCCAGAUGCCACGAAGAAGAGAACCCGGGCCCCUAACACCAACACUGCGGCACGUAAAAGAAACAACACUACUACAUCGAUUGCAGAAUCCCCUAUCCUAGCACCAUCUCCUGUCAUAGGAACAUUCAAUGCUCCACGGAACGCGGCCAGCCCUGGACCUGGUGCAGCAGCUCGACCACAAUCUUCUCGUGCUCAGCAAAACUCCAAUUCAACCACCAAUGGUCGUCAGAGACCAUCUUCCUCUGCAUCGAACCGUGUGAACAAUACUAACAAAAAUACGGAGAAACCUACGCCCAGAGAAACGCCCAAAGGGGAGACAGUUGCGACUCCCAAUACAGAUGUACAACGUUCCGAGACGAUCGACGAGGUUGCAACCGCCCUUGCAUCCAAGGCAAUGCCCCCCAUCAAUACAAAACGAGAGGAUACGGAGCCGAAACCAGCAGAAUCCAUUGAGGCCAGUGAUCCGCCGGCCCCUCAGACUUCAAAUCCGGGACCCAAGGGCAGAUCGUCCAAGACGUCCACGCCAGUGCUUCCUGCUUUCUCGGAGCCCACUCAGCAGCGUGUUCGGCCGACCAGAAGCACUGAUCCCGCGCCAGCUAAGCGGUCACAGAAAAAGAAUGGCAAUGUGCCAGUGGUGCAACCAAGAGCGCCAUCUGAAGAUGAAGAGUCACUCCAUGAAGGAGACGAUGAAGACGAGGAGGGCGAACCACGCUACUGCUACUGUAAUGAGAUCAGCUUCGGUGAGAUGGUUGCGUGCGAUAACGAUGCUUGUCCCCGCGAGUGGUUCCACUUGUCCUGUGUUGGGUUGACCAAACCCCCUGGAAAGAAUGUGAAAUGGUACUGUAAUGAGUGCAAGGAGAACAUGAGACGAAGUCGAAGCGGAAGGUAAUAUAAGUACCUUCUAGAUGCCCAUGAGCAAGCAGUCUUGGGUAUUUCAUUAUGCAGCGUAUAACAGGAUAUGAUUCGGUCUUGCAUGCUUGAGUAAAAAUGUUAAGAUAGAUAGAUCGCAUGGAUUUAUUGUACAGUGACUACAGUGUAUAAUUGUUAAUAUUCCAGGCAACAACUUGAAUCAGAAAUAACUUUCUCAUGACACAUUG